GUCGCAUUUGUAACGUAAAUAUAGAAAACACCUUGGGUUAGGUCGCGCGCGUAAGCCGAUGCCAUCGGCUCGAAGGCUGAGAGUCGCGACCGAAGAAAGGAGGACAAGGAGGGAAGUUCGGAGGACCUGGACGGAGCAUUUUCAGUUGAAUGGUGGCCGUGAUCGUGAGGACGUGCGAACGACGAUAUCAUCAUCUCGACACCCACGAUGUCCAAGGAGGAACUCGCGAGCUGCUCGGAGGAGAGUCUCGGGAAGGGAAUCCUGAAUCUCAUUGAUCUCCCGGUUGAAAUAUUUUUACACAUUUGUUCAUUUUUGGAUGCUUCGAGCUUAGUUCAUGGCCUAAGUUUGACGUGCAAGCAGUUCCAUUAUAUACUUAAUGACAAUUCUAUAUGGAAAGUGAGAAUUAGCCAAAUUUGGCCAAACGUUAGUUAUCCAACUUUACCUACUGUUGACAAGGAUGAACUGUUUUGGAAAUUGUCGUGCGUUGCUAUCGAGAGACAAACGAAGCUAUGGAGAAAUAAAGAUUUAUUGGAAAGAAUAUCAUUGAAUAACGCUCAUUACAGCACCAUCGAUGGACUUUUGUUAAUGCAUGGUGGAAGUAUAUGUAUAUCGGGUGGAAGGGAUCGCUCAUUAGUUUUGUGUCAUUUGUCGAAAGACGAAUGUGGCCAUCAUGAAUCAAUAACGGUCAGCAAUGCCCACGAUGGAUGGAUUUGGGAUUUGACUGCUAUAAAUAAUACAAUUUACAGUUGUAGUUGGGACCGAUCGGUUAAAGCAUGGUCAAUAACAAACAGUGGAUUAAUACCCGUAACAACAUAUGGAAUGAUUGUUCUCGGUGCUCUGCUAUGUGUUACUUCCUGCCCGAAAUUGGCGCUUUUUGCAACAGGCUCUUAUUGUAAAAAAGUAUUAGUUUUCGAUUCUCGUUCUGGUCAUACACCAAUCACAAAAUACCAACCUCAUCAAGGAGCUGUUAUACGACUAGCAAUGAAUUCCAAUUAUAUUCUUUCAGCAAGCGAAGAUAAGACUGUAAAUAUAUGGGACCAAAGGGCUGGACGAACAAUGAAAUCGAUCACAAUUUCAAAAGAGUCAUUCCCAAGGAGUAUGUAUAUGCAAGAAGAGAUAGUAUACGUUGGUGAUGCCAAUGCAAAGCUACACAUAUUAGAUCCAAAACAGGAUUUCGAACCUGUCAAAAGUUACAAGACUAAUCAUUUAAAAAGCAUUACAGGUAUUUACGUUGAUUCUGGAUGUUUAAUAACAAGUUCAUUAGAUAGGACUGUGCAAAUAUCGAGUCCCACUGAUCCACCACAGACGCUGACAUCCUUACAAUACAGUAAUGGCGAAAUAGCAAGUAUUGAUUAUUUGAAUGAAGUACUCGCUGUUUCCGGUGUAGAUAAUAUAGAAAUUUGGCGACCAAAAGCUAGAACUAUGUGUUCUUAAGUUGUUUAACAUUACGUAAUAAUUUGAAUAAUUUAACACAAACAUCAUACGGCAUAGAUAAACUGUAUAAGACUUGCUAAUUAGCUAAUGUAUUUUACAUUUAUAUUGUUUUUAUUAAAAAUGUUUCAUAUUGCUUUUACUAAUUUAAAAUGUAUGCAUUAUUUGUUUUUAUAAUGUGUUAAUUUGUUAAAGCCUAUGCACAUCUAUACAUGCGAGUAUGCAUACGCGCACGCAUACAUGCGCGCCCGAACGCA